UUCAUUUCAAUUCAAUUAUUAUAAAUAAAUUAAAUAUAAAUAAUAAAUAAAAUUUCUUAUUUUCUUCUCUCUUGGUUUCUUCUAUUUUCUCCACCACACACACACACUCGAACAGAGGCAAAAAUCAAACCAAGCCAAAACAAAAACAAGACCAAGGUGAAAAUGGCGAGUUCAGUGGAGAAGGAGGUUGGUGGUGGUGCUGCUGCAGCUGAAGGUGGUGUGGAGGAAACUGUGUCUUUGGAGCUUCCUGCUCCAUCUGGUUGGCAGAAGAAGUUCUUUCCAAAAAAGUCUGGAACCCCAAAGAAAAAUGAGAUUGUGUUCACUGCACCAACUGGAGAGGAGAUCACUAGCAAGAAGCAGCUAGAGCAGUAUUUGAAAGCACAUCCUGGUGGUCCAGCUGCAUCAGAAUUUGAUUGGGGCACUGGUGAGACCCCAAGAAGAUCAGCAAGAAUCAGUGAGAAGGUCAAGGUAACUCCUACACCAGAAAGUGACCCCCCAAAGAAACGUGGCAAAAGAUCAUCAGCUUCUAAAAAAGAUGCUUCCGGGGAAGAAGAGAAAGAGGAGACAAAAGAUGUGGAAAUGCAAGAAGCUGGUGAAACUAAAGAUGCUGUGAAGGAAAAUCAAGAUGAGAACAAAGCAGAGGAUACAGAUGUCAAUCAAGAUGAGAAGAAAGCAGAGGCUACAGAUGCCAAUCAAGAUGAGAAGAGAGCAGAGGAUGCAGAUGUCAAAGAACCCACUCAUCCUGGAGAAAAUACUGAUGGACCUAACGAUGAGGGAAAACUCAACACUGCUGAUGAAGAGUUACAAGCCUCAAAAGAGAAAGUUGAUGACAAAGGAGCUGAGGGUUCUGAUGCUGUUCAGAACAAAGAUGAUGGCUCUGGGGAACCAGAGAAAUCAGAAGCAGCCCCUACUACUGAGCAAAAGAUUGAAGUGGAAGGAGAGAACAAAGAGGAACAUGACAGAGGCAUUCACGAGUCUGGAGAAAUCAAGGACAAAGAAGGAGCAAAGGUGAAUGAUGAAGAACAUUUUAAGGUUCAUGAUAUAAACCAGAAAACUGAAUCAGGGGUGACUGUGAAUGGAAGUUGAACCAGUUAGGUCAAAGCCGGUUAAUAAGGAAGAUAAUAAACUCUUGGGCUCUCUUUUCUCAUUCUGACCCGUCUAGAUUUGUCCCAGUAUGACUGUAGUUUAUGUUGUUAAUGUCAUUUACCUGAUUGUUUAUUGAAAUGACGAUAGACAAUUAUAGAGUAGUCCUGUGGUGUACCAUCCGUAUAUGCAUUGGAGAGACGUAUAGCUUCUAGUUCCCAUGGUAGCAUUGUGUUGUAUCUGUAAUGUGAUAUGGACAUGUAGUAGUGUAAGGUCGUCAUCCUAAAUAUUCAGUUGGCUCCCGAACUAUUGUACCAGAUCUUAUCUGGUUGAUGAAUGUUGAUGUUGCUUA